AUGGGGCAGCGCCAGCUCGUGGUGCUGGCGCGGGUGCUGCUCAUGGAUCCGGCGGUGAUCAUCCUGGACGAGGCCACCGCCAGCGUCGAUCCGCUCACCGAGGCGCUGAUCCAGGAGGGGCUGGACGAGGUCCUGCGCGACCGGACCGCGGUGGUGGUCGCGCACCGGCUGUCGACGGUCCGGCACGCCGACCGGAUCGUGGUGCUCCGCGCCGGGCGGAGCAUCGAGCAGGGCGACCACGAAUCGCUGACCGCGGCCGGCGGACACUACGCGAGUUGUACGACACCUACUUCCGGCACCAGAGUCUGGAGUACAUCGAGCGCCGGCCGUCGGAGCGGGGGCACGGUGAGCUACUUCGACCCCUGGCUGGACGACAACCCCACCACCACGGUGAGCCGCGACCAGGUCGACGCCGCCGACAUCGUGCUGGCGACGCACGGCCACGCCGACCACAUCGGCGACAGCUACGAGCUCUGCAAGCGCACCGGCGCGGCGUUCAUCAGUCACUACGAGCUGUGCGAGGUGGCCAAGGCCGUCGGCCUGAGCGAAUCGACCCUGCUCCCGCUCAAUCCGGGCGGCUCGGUGACGGUGGCCGACGUGGAGGUCACCAUGACCCAGGCCCAUCACUCCCACUCGCUGUCCGAUCACGUCCUGCCGCACCCGCUGCCGGAGGGCGUGCUGUACCACACCGGCGGCGUCACGGCGGGGUUCGUGAUGGCCUACGACAACGGCCUCAUCAGCCAGAUGUACCGGCCGCAGGUGGCGAUCCUGCCGGUGGGCGGCAAGUUCACGAUGGGCGUGCGCGAGGGGGCGCGCGCGGCCAGCCUGGUGCGCGCGGACCUGGUGAUUCCCUGCCACUACAGCGAAGCCCUGGGGCAGCCGGCCGACAUCGCCGAGUUGGCGCGCCAGGUCGAGUUCCUCAGCCCCGGCACCGCGGUGGUGCCGCUGGAGCCGGGCCAGUCGGUGGUCUACACCGCCAGCUCCUACGAGGUGAGCGCCUCCGCCUGA